AUGCAAAUGACCACGAUGAUGAUGAUGAUGAGAUCAUCAACAACAAGAACAUUAUCGAUCGUUUCUAAUCACUAUGGAUGGUACCAUCAAAGGCUAAUGACCUUUAGCUACAGUGGUACUUACACUUCUAGAUCGAAUACUACUAUACUAUCAUCGUCAUCAUCGAGAUUUAUUUAUAAUAAUCAAAAUAUAAGUAAACAACAACAACAACAACAACCAUUAUGUAUUUGUAAUAAUAAUUAUAAUAGAUUAUUUUGUACUUCUUCUUCAUCAUCAUCUGAAGAGAAAAAGAAUACAAGUAAAAUCAAAGCAAUAAGAUCAACAUUGAAAAAGUUCUUUCUUAAAGUUCAUCCUGAUCUAUUUUAUCAAUAUCCUGAUGUUAAAAAGACAAAUGAUAAAUCAUUAAGAAUAUUACAAAGUUUUCUUGAAGAGAUAAAGAAUGAAAAAAUGACAACUAGAUCCUAUUCAUUACAAUUUUAUUAUUUGGAUUCUGAAUCUGCUGGUGCAACCGAACAAUCACAAAUACCUCACAUCUCUGUAUCAUUUGAUAUAGAUUCUUCAAAUCCUCGUAAACUACAAACCUUUCUUAGAAAUGCUGAAAAACAAUUACAAUAUCUACUAAGAAAAAUAGGUAUAAAAGAUGAUUUUAUAUUAAAUUAUUUAAAUGAUAAAGAAAGUAAUGAAACAUUUGAACCAAGUGAUAGUUUGAUUGCAUUUAUAAGAGAUAAUUCACAUGCAGCAAGAGAAUUGGCAAAGAUUAAAGUUGAUCUAGAUCGAUCACUUGAUAUCAUGUUUACCUACUUUUUUAUGGAACACAAGAUACGUGUUUUAUUUUCUGAACCUCAAGAUCAUGGAGGUACUAAAGGUGGUGGUGGUGGUGGUGCAAGUGACAAGACUGAAAUGAAAAAACAAACAUUAAGACAAUUGGAACAUAUACUUCAUACAUUAUCACCUCGUAUUGCUGACGAUCACCUUGUACAUAAAAUAUUUCAUCAAGAUCGUAUUGCAGAAAUGGAAAAGAUUUUUAAAAAACAAUCAAUUAGAUAUGGUGAGGAUGACGAUGACGACGAAGAAUAUCAAGAUGAAGAAUCAAGAUUAAAAAUAUUAGAACAAUAUAGACAAAGAAAACAACAAGAAAAGGAAGAACUUGCACAUCAACAAACAAUGCAUAAAAGUGGUUUUGGUUAUCAUAAAAAUUCAUGGAAAGGAUGGGACAAGAUAAAGGCAGGAUUUGUGACACCAGAAACUACUGAAAAGUCUGAUGAUUGUCACAUUUCCCUUAGACUUGAGGGAAUGACUAUUUUAUUCACCUAUAAUGGUAGUAGUGGCGUUGAUCUUGAAGGAAGAUUGAUGUUGGACAUUGAAAAGCCUGGUGAAUGGUCACAACUACUAGAGUCGGUCAAACCAUCGUUGGUUGUAAAUAAUAUUAAAAAAUGUAGAAAAAGAAAAGAGUUGGAAAGAGAGGUUUCAGAAUUGUUUGGUGUUGGUUUUGUCUAUACAGACUAUUCUCAACAAAAUAAUCCUACCUAUCUAGAAUAUCUAGAGAAAAUCAAACAAACUCCAAAAGAACAAUUUAUUGGUCGUACAACUGUCUAUCAAGAUAUCAAUAUUCGUAUUAUUUUAAAAGAUGAAAAAAAUAAUCAAAAACAACAAUCAGUUGAUGAUGAUGACAAUGAUGAUGACGAUGGACAAGAAGACCAAAUACAUGGUUCAUUUACAUCGGAUGAAAAACAUGGAGUUCUCAACAUUCCAAUCGAUAGCCGAGUAGAACACAUUUGUAAAUUUAUAGAUAGUGAAGCAAACUUUCUCAUUAGAGAGUACCAACGACACCAAAACAAUAUUCGUAAUCUCAAUCAAUUGGAAUUGACCGUUAAAAGACAAUUCAGAUUAAUGAAGUUAUCAAAACAUUCCGACAUUGCUCAUAUCGACAUGGUCUCUUGUUGUAGGAGAUUAUUAAACAAUCAAGAAUCGUUUUUACCAUUUUUAUUCAAUGUUAAAGUCGUCAUUGGAAAAGAAAAUGCUAUCAGUCAAGAUGGCCAAAUUACCAUCAAAUGGGAUUUUGAAUUAUAA